AUGCCGAAAGCCAAGUUACCUCUGACCGCCUGGCACUGGAGGCUGGCCAAUUCAAACGGAAACAAAGAUGCCGAAAAUAUGCCUGCUUUAAGGGAAUGGAGUGCAGUGACAACUUUCCCAUCUGUUAUCCAGACCGAGCUCACAGCGAAGAAAUUGAUCCCAGAUCUAAAGAUUGCAGAGAACGAGUAUCUGACCCUUUGGGUUGGCGAAGUUGAUUGGGAGUAUCAAUGCUUCUUUAAUACGCCUCCAGAAGCAACUGGUAAUGACGAGGUCGAUCUGAUCAUGGAGGGUCUCGAUACCUUUGCCACCGUUUAUCUUAAUGGAGCUCAGAUCUAUAAGAGCGAUAACAUGUUUAUCCCAGCCCGCGUUCCUAUCAAGGCUGCCCUUCAUUCGGUUGGUGCACGAAACGAGCUGGCCAUUCUGUUUGAGAGCCCAAUGAAGGUGGGGACGGCGCUGCUCAAGAAGUACGAAGUACCGGACAAUUUGCCCAAGGUAAUGAAAAAUCCCAGAAGAAUGGCGGUGCGAAAGGCACAGUGUCACUGGGGUUGGGAUUGGGGCCCAGUUUGCCUAACUGCAGGGCCAUAUCUCCCGGUCUACCUUGAAUCAUAUUGCUCGCGCAUCAAAGAUGUCUACAUCGUGCCGAAAUUGGCUGAGGAUCACUCGUCUGCCCAAGUCUUACUUAACAUUGAAGUUGCUCAAGCAAGUAGCGCCGCUAGUCUGGACAUCAGCAUUCGUGAUGCUCUCGGAGAUGAGUUAUAUCAAUCACAGAUUGUUCUAGGUGAUUCCGAUAAGGUAUCUCUAGAGUUUUCUGUGAGAUCUCCAAAGCUGUGGUGGUCGAAUGGAUUGGGCGAUCAGCAUCUAUACACGGCCAAGCUGAUCUUGAGGAACUCUCUAUCUAACGUUCUAGAUGCAACAAGUCGUCGUUUUGGAAUAAGAAACAUCGAGGUAGUACAGAAACCUCUCGAUGAUGCUCCUGGAACUACCUUCAUGUUUAGGAUUAAUGGCCGUGAUAUUUUCGCUCAAGGCGGAAACUGGAUCCCCACAGACACCAUGCUUCCUACUAUAUCUCGACAGCGUUAUUUCGAAUGGAUGAAGCUUGCCAAGUUCGGUAAUCUAAACAUGAUCCGCGUGUGGGGUGGCGGGAUUUAUGAAUCCGACGACUUCUUUGACGCUUGCGACGAAAUGGGCAUUCUGGUUUGGCACGAUUAUGCCCUAGCCUGCGGAAUAUACCCUAUUCAUGAAGAAUUUCUCGACAGCAUCAGAAAAGAGGCCGAGGCCCAGACUCUCAGAAUGCGUGGCAGGGCGUCUCUUGCGUUACUAAGUGGUGGAAAUGAAGACUUUAUACUUUUUGACCAUUUUGGCUAUGAAUACGAUCGAGAUAACGUCACUGGGCCAUGGGACGGCAAGCCUUUCUCUCAUCGCAAGAUAUAUCUAGAUAUCCUCCCCAAUAUUGCCGCAAAGCUAGCGCCGGAGACACAAUAUUGGGCCAACUCUCCAUAUGGUGGUGCUACCGCAAAUGAUACCACCAUCGGCGAUGUUCAUCAAUGGGCUGUCUGGCAUUUGGACCAACGCUCUUAUCAGGAUUACAAAGAUCUCAGCGGACGGUUUAUCUCUGAAUUUGGCAUGCAUGGCUUCCCCGUGAAUCGAACGGUAAAUUACUUCCUCCGAGGGACACCCAAGAGCGAGCAGUUCCCACAGUCUCGAGUCGUAGACUGCCAUAAUAAGUCCACGGGCGCACACAUGCGUAUUGCGCGAUAUCUAGCCGAGAACUUCCGUUUUGAUAUAGCUUCACUGAAGAAUUUUGGCUACUCGUCUCAAUUGAUGCAAUCAGAAGCCUACUCAUAUGCUCUAAGAGACUGGAAGCGCAUGUUCAACGGACCCGGUGAUGAACGAUGUGCUGGAGCACUGAUUUGGCAGUUUAACGACAUCUAUCCGGUCACAUCCUGGGCCUUCGUCGACUAUUUUUUGCGACCAAAGCCAGCUUUCUACUCCAUUCGCCGUUAUUUCGCACCCAUUUCGACGAGCACUUGGACUCAACUUGAACCCUUGGACGCGAGCCGGGUGGUCACCCUCAGGGCGGGCUAUAACACAGAGCUUGGGCAUCUGGGAGCUCAGGCAUCUUGGACAGAGGACUCGCUUGUUCUUGUAGAGGCAAGCCUUGUCGAUAUAGAAUCUGGUGAGGUUCUUGCUCGUGAGAUAAACUGGCCUGAGCCAUUCCGUUAUUUGGUUUGGCCGCACGAUACAAAGCUCACUAUCCGAGUCGAGGACGAACAAGGACUGGCCUGGGAGAACAAGGUCACUAUAGUUUCGAAUCAACCACUGAAGGGUGUUUGGUUAGAGGCAAUUGAUGAUGGCACGGAGAGGGACGAUGAGCUUGAACCACUUUGGGAGGAUAAUAUGGUAGAUCUGUUGCCAGGGCAGGAGAUAAGUUGUCGAGUUAAAGGCCUGAAGGGAAAGAAGAUUUCAGGAAGGUUUCUAUAUGAUUGGGAGAUUUAA